GUCACAAACCUUCACAAACCCCAGAGACUCCAAAUCCACCACGAAUUUGGGUUUGCGACAAUCAUCACAGCGCCUGCAGGCGGCCCACUACCUUUUGCAUUCCAUUGACAGGAUCGCCUCUGCACUUCUCCCUCCCUCUCCCUGUGCUACUGCCUCUCCCUGUGUCACUGCCUACCUCGUCGCCCACUACCGACCGCUGCGGUGUCCUGCAGCGCCCCGCGACGUCGUACCCCGCCGCCCAGGCUCUUGUUGCCCGCCAUGGACAACAUCACGUUCGACAUCAACGAUGCCCUCAAGCACUACAUGAGCGAUCCGGCUAGCAUCCCGACGCCCGAGGCUGACGGUGCGCUGGUCGAUUGCGAGAACGACCCCGAGUCGCUGACAGACAACGGCAUCGUCAACAGCGUCCUCAACCCCAUUGUCGACGCUGUUGCUAACAACCUGGAUGCCAUCACGCGCAGUCACGUCUUCGACUCGUUGCAGUUCCUGUUAAAGUACACCUCCUUCCUUUCUGCACAUGCGCUGAGCAAGAUGUUUGAUCUGAUCACCUCGGGCCUCGCCGCCGAGGCCGAUGCCAUCCACCACGACCUCGAAUCCGACGAGCAGGAGCUCGUCGCACACCACAAGCAGCUGCUCGAGAUUUACGGCUUCCUCCUCCAGUGGACCAUUGCAGCCGUCGAAACAAAGGCUGCCGAGAAGUCCUCGGCCACACUGUCCACACGAGGUCGCGGCAAGCCUAAGGGUAAGAAAGAUGCGGGCGCGAACAAGGACGGCAGCUGGGACUCGUCGACGCAGCUCGAGACGGCGCUCAACACGAUGUGUAAGGUGCUUCGGCUGAAGCUGGGCAAGAUCUUUCUGACCACUUCUGAGCGGGACACCUUUAUCGGGCUCCUGACGCGACCCGUCUACAUGAUUCUCGAAAGCGAACAGCGCGUCAAAAAUACCAGCAUUCGCAUGCACACCUUCAAGGUUCUGUGCAUCGCUGUCAAGCACCAUGGCCAUGGAUACGCUGCCCAAAUUUCCAUCGUCCAGAACCUGACCUAUUUCGAACACCUCGCCGAGCCAAUGGCCGAGUUUCUCCAUAUUCUGGCCGAGCAAUACGACUACCCCCAGCUGGCCGACGAGAUUCUACGAGAACUCAGCAACAGAGAGUUCAAUGGCAACGACACCAGGGGGCCGAAGUCCGUCUCAAGCUUCAUGGUCAAGCUCUCCGAGUUGGCUCCCAGACUUGUCAUUAAGCAGGUCACUCUGCUAGCCAAGCAGCUAGACAGCGAGUCGUACACCCUGCGGUCCGCGUUGAUUGAAGUUUUCGGCAACAUGCUUGCCCACCUCACCAAAUCGGACGAGCGCGGCGAGAACCACAAGAGCCAGAUGAAUGCUUUCUUCGACGUGCUCGAAGAGCGUUUCCUCGACAUCAACCCCUACUGCCGGUGCAGAACCAUCCAGGUUUAUGUCAAGUUGUGCGAACUGGACCAGAAGUUCCCCAAACGUAGGCAGAAGGCUGCCGAACUUGCGUGCCGCAGUCUCGAGGACAAAAGCAGCCACGUGAGAAGGAAUGCUGUCAAGCUUCUUGGCACUCUGAUCAGGACGCAUCCCUUCACCGCGCUGCAUGGCGCGCAACUUGCAAGGAAAGACUGGCAGGAGCGUCUCGACAAGGUUGAGGCUGAGCUCAAUGCCCUGAAGCCUCCUGUUGAUGCUCCCGGACUCGAUGGAGACCAGGGAAAUACCACGGUCGACCAAGCGCUGCUCGACGAUGUUACUCAGAUCGAGUCGCCGAGGAAGCAACCUGCCGAGAUGACGGACGAGGAAAAGUUAGCAGCCAUCCAAAAAGCGCAAGAAGAGGCUGCGACAUCAGAAGCCAUCGAAAAGCUCACCCUCACCAAACGGUACUACAGCGAGGCGCUGAAGUUCAUCGACGUGCUGCACGAGUCUACAGGCAUGAUCUGCCAACUGCUCGGGUCAAAGAACAAGAGCGAGGUCAUCGAAGCCAUGGACUACUUUGAGAUUGGCGACGCAUACAAUAUCGAGCAGAACAAGCUGGGCAUCCGCCGCAUGCUCAAGCUGAUCUGGACGAAGGGUAACAGUGACGAGGGCAAGGGCGUGCAGACGCACCUCAUCGACUGCUACAGACGCCUGUUUUUCGAGGCUCCAGAUACGUUCAGCCCGAACGACGCUGCGAACUACAUUGCCAGGAACAUGAUCAGUCUUACCUUUGGGGCCACGCCGGCAGAGCUCACCUCGCUUGAACAGCUGCUGAGCACCAUGAUGAAAGGCGGCAUGAUCCCCGAUAUUGUCAUCGCGAAACUUUGGCAGGUGUACGGAGUUCAGAAACGGGAGAUUUCGCGGACCCAGAGACGGGGCGCCAUCAUCGUUCUCGGCAUGCUUGCGACGGCAAACCCAGAGAUCGUGGUCGGCGAGAUGGAGACAAUGCUGCGCACCGGGCUCGGCCAGCACGGGCGUGAUGAUUUGCAGCUGGCCAAGUACACCUGCGUCGCUCUUCGCCGCUUCAAUCCCAGUGGUCGCCAGGUCAAAGAGCCGACACUUCAGUUCUCGAGGCUACCAAAUGAACACGCUGUUCUGGUAAGGCUGGCGGCGAUCACCGAGGUGCCCACUGAGAGCAAGGAGUGGUAUGGCGUCGCAGAGCAAGCCAUCAACGCUAUUUACGCCAUCUCCAGACACCCCGAUGUUCUCUGCUCUGAGAUCAUCCGCCGCCGGACCAAGGCUGUGUUUUCGCCGUCGAGCUCUCGCCCCAGCUCUCGUGACUCGGUCAGGCCCGGGUCCAGCCCUGCUGAUGAAGAAGAGGGAGGCGACGCAGCCGUCGUCGGACAGUCACAGCAGCCACCGGCAAGUCCGGUGAAGAGACAAAAGAAAGACAAUGCCGUCGCCUUGUCGCAGCUGCUCUUUAUCGUCGGACACGUCGCCAUCAAGCAAAUCGUGCACCUCGAGCUGUGCGAGCUCAACUUUAAGCGCCGUAAGCAAGAAAAGGAGAAGAGCGACCAGGCGGCCAAGGAGCGUGCGUCGCUCUCUGCAGCCCCUACGAGCCGCAAAUCCUCUGCCCAAGCCAAGGAGAAGCCCAAGGAGGAAGACGAAGGCGACGAGCUUGACCUCAUCGGUGGCACGACCGAGGAUGACUUUACAGAGGCGAUGGCGCACAUCCGGGAGCGCGAGCUGCUUUACGGGCCGACUUCCCUUCUUGCCAUGUUCGGGCCCAUGGUCAGCGAGAUAUGCGCCAACAACACGACGUACAAGGACCGCGAGCUGCAGCAGGCGGCGACGCUCUGCCUGGCCAAGCUGAUGUGCGUGUCGUCCGAGUACUGCGAGGCGCAUCUGCCUCUGCUCAUCACCAUCAUGGAGCGCUCGACAGAUGCCACCGUGCGUAGCAAUGCCGUGAUUGCACUUGGCGACAUGGCGGUCUGCUUCAACCAUCUCAUUGACGAGAACACAGACUUCUUGUACCGCCGCCUGGCAGAUCCAGAGCCGUCGGUCAAGCGCACGUGCCUCAUGACGCUGACUUUCUUGAUCCUGGCUGGCCAGGUCAAGGUCAAGGGCCAGCUCGGCGAGAUGGCCAAGUGCCUCGAGGACGACGACAAGCGCAUCGCCGAUCUGGCGCGCAUGUUCUUCACUGAGCUCAGCACCAAGGACAAUGCCGUCUACAACCACUUUGUCGACAUGUUCAGCCUGCUGUUGGCGGACCAGUCGAUGGACAACGAGAGCUUCCGCCGCAUCGUCAGGUUCCUGCUUGGGUUCGUCGAAAAGGACAAGCAUGCCAAGCAACUGGCCGAGAAGCUGGCGGCCCGGCUCUCGCGCUGCGACAACGAGCGCGACUGGAACGAUGUUGCGUUUGCGCUCGGCCUGCUGCAGCACAAGAACGAAGACAUUGCCAAGGUUGUGUCGGAAGGGUUCCGGAUGGUGCAGGCGCCCGCGUAAUGGAGGGCCUGUGGUUGUUUGUUUUAGCUUGAAUAUGUGCUGGCUGUCAGGGUGCUUUGGUCUAUUGGCGUAUGGCGCAGUAUCUAUACCUCCACUGUUCGACGUUUUUAGCAUAAUGGCGUGGGAUGUUUACUUCUUGCUGGGGGUCGGGAUAAGAGACGUCUGGGAUAUUUUCCCUUUGUAUUAUUUGAGUAAUAAUGAGAAGAACUAACGACCAUCUCUUUGUAUUAUUCGAGUAAUAAUGAGAAGAACUAACGACUAUC